AAAAAUGGUCUAUAUAAACUCCCCGUACGUCUCUGCAACACACCAAAAGCCCACCUGCCAUGGAGCUGUUGAACACUCCCAGAAAAACUCAGGUAAUCACUGAGGUUGUGUUAGCUCUGGCUCUUCUGGUUUUCCUCAACGCAAAUGGUGUUGACAGCCGGAAAGCUCUGUUUUCUGACUACUUUGAGUACACGGCUGUAAGCUGCAGAACUCACAGUGCUUCAUUGACGGAGUUUGGAGGAGUUGGUGAUGGCACUACAUCAAACACCAAGGCCUUUCAGGCCGCCGUCGAUAAUCUUUCCCAGUACGCAUCGGACGGCGGGUCACAGCUCUUUGUUCCUCCCGGAAAAUGGUUGACUGGGAGCUUCAAUCUCACCAGCCAUUUCACACUCUAUCUCCACAAAGAUGCAGUUCUUCUUGCUUCCCAGGACGAGAAUGAAUGGCCUGUGAUUGAUCCUCUGCCAUCCUACGGUCGAGGUAGGGAUGCAGCCGGUGGAAGGUUUAUCAGUCUUAUCUUUGGAACCAACCUCACUGAUGUUAUAAUAACAGGGGACAAUGGCACCAUUGAUGGUCAAGGUGCUCUGUGGUGGGAAAAAUUCCAUAAAGGAGAGCUCAAGUACACCCGGCCUUACCUGAUUGAGAUAAUGUACUCUGAAAAUGUUCAAAUAUCCAGUCUCACUUUGGUAAAUUCUCCAUCAUGGAACAUCCACCCUGUUUACAGCAGCAAUAUCAUUGUUCAAGGCAUUACAAUUCUUGCACCAGUGACUUCUCCAAAUACCGACGGGAUCAACCCAGACUCCUGCACAAAUACCCGUAUUGAGGACUGUUACAUUGUGUCUGGGGAUGACUGUGUGGCUGUAAAGAGUGGUUGGGAUGAGUAUGGUAUUGCAUAUGGAAUGCCAACCAAGCAGCUGGUAAUCAGACGGCUCACAUGCAUCUCUCCCUUCAGUGCAGUGAUCGCAUUGGGCAGUGAGAUGUCUGGUGGGAUCCAGGAUGUGAGGGCUGAAGAAAUUGUAGCCAUCGAUUCAGAAUCAGGAGUGAGGAUCAAAACUGCAGUAGGAAGAGGAGGGUUUGUGAAAGACAUAUAUGUAAGAGGAAUGACUAUGAAAACCAUGAAAUGGGCCUUUUGGAUGACAGGGAAUUAUGGUUCUCAUGCAGAUAACAACUAUGAUCCUAAUGCACUUCCUGUGAUCCAGAACAUUAACUAUCACGAUAUGGUUGCUGAGAAUGUAACAAUGGCAGCUAGACUGGAAGGAAUUCCUGGGAAUCCAUUCACUGGAAUCUGCAUAUCAAAUGUUACAAUUGAACUGGCAAAGAAGGCAAAGAAGGUACCAUGGAAUUGUACAGAUGUUGCUGGGGUUUCAAGUGCUGUGGUUCCUCAGCCUUGUGAAUUGUUGCCAGACCAAGGGCCAGAGAAGAGAACAGCAUGUAAUUUCCCAGAAGACAGACUUCCAAUUGAUAAUGUUCAAGUUCAGAUGUGUACUUACAACAGAAAGUAUUUCUGACACUGAACUAAAGUUUCCAUCUUUAGGAACUUAGUUCCUCUAUUCAAGGUUGACUACAAUAAGCCAAUAAAAAACAAUCCGACCAAUUGAACCA